AUGAAAAUGUCCAUAUCGUCAGACUCGAUAGUUCACAAACUGUAUAACCGUCAGGUUCAUGGUACUUUUAAAUACAAGCAUAAUCCUCAAAACAAUACAAGAUAUUUAUUUAAAGACAAUCCGGAUUAUGGUAAAUUUUUCUUGCCAGAUAUUAUAGAAGAUAUUUCUGAUCAUGUUUUUAUGGGUUUAACUCGAUGUGGCCGAUUUCUAUUGACUUACACAAUAGCAGACUCAGAGAAUAUAGUGGUUGUUGAUGGUCCUCUUAUGUCUUCAUUGAACAUGAAGUAUAAACUGCAUUUUUGGGCUUUUCGACCGGGCCAAUCAGCUCUUAGGGUUUCAGAAAUUUCAUUAUUUGAGAAUGCGGAGUUUAGUGAUUUUUUAAAUAUUUACAUUGUUCAAUGGCCAAACCGGUCUGACAGAAUCGUAGUUUUCGGUGAAAGUGUGACGUCUGAAGAUGAUGAUUGUGACAUGCACAAAAUUUACAUUACAGUCACUACAUUACCAUCUUUAAAUAACUGUAAAGAUUGUCAAUCAGUAGCCUAUGAACAUAGGGAUGAAGAUCUUUCCAAGUAUUAUUUGGGAAACACGUGUCUUAUUCAUGGCCUUACUGUACACACGUCAUUUACAGUGUCACAUCCUUAUCCUCGACUGGAGCCUUCCGUGUCAUUGAAAUAUGAUAAUCAUAUUGUGCUCAAUACGUGCAAUUUUAUUCACGUUUUAAAUUUUGAUUUAGAUAAAAAUCAAAAUUCUACAUCUGAUAAAUCAGAAAACAUUAAUGUUCCAUUAGCUCACAAGCUUAGUAAUGAUUUGACUGAAUAUGGUUAUAAAAUGGCAACUAAAAGUGAUAGUCAAGAAAGGGGUGUCAAAAGGAGACAUAUUGAUACAAGAUGUUUUUUUGACAAAGAACAAGAUAUGACGAUGGCUGCUCUAAACUCCAUGCCUAAUUAUAACAACCAUCGUCUUUUAAGGAUGAAAGAUGCUGAAAAGGUAUAUGAUUUUGAUGAAAAUGAUGAUAGUUGUUUGCUUAAGUUUAAAUGGUUCAGACGGAGAAGAAUAGCAGAUAAAAUGUAUGAAUUUUGUUCGGAAGAAGAAGAUAUGGAAAAUGUGCAUCCAUCAUCUAAAAAAAAUCUCUUUCAACGCCGUGAAUCGCCUGGACCUUCAGCCGUUGAUCAAACACCACUAUAUAUACAAACAGACUAUGAAGAUGAUAUAUUAAAUGACUGUGAUAGAAAAAUGUUAUUUGCUCAAGAAUUAAAUGCAAUCAUUGCCGACUGGGAUUGUUUAUCAUCACCACGUUCAGUUACCUCUGAAGAUAGAGACAUUAAGAGUCCUGAUAGUACCAACAGGAAAAUUACCAAUGUGCUCAAGCCAAGAAAUAAAACUCCAUUGUUUAAAAAUUCCAAAAGCCCCUGUGAUAAGAAAAUCGGUGUUAUGAUUGUUCCUGAUAAUAUUCAAGGAAAUCAACCAAGUAGUUCAUUUCGAUCUGUACCACUACAAGGAUGUUCAGUGAAAUUUGAAAGACAGUACAUAGAAGUAGAUGAAGAAAUUGUUUCAGUCACUACAGAUUUAGAUGAAGAAGAUGGUAUAACAGGGUCUUUAUGCGCACUUCCGUUAUCUGUGCAUGGGUCUGCGUCUGCUCAAAUGCAAAUGAUCAAUACUGCCAAAAUUGGAAAACAGGAAAAAAACGUUUGCGUUGUAAAACAGGCGAGCUUAGAUUUUGAACAUGUUAGCUAUAAAGUGGCUGAAAUUAUUUGCAAUCUUGAAGGUCACAAAUUUUGGUGCUAUAACGACUAUGACUCGGCUAUUGUUGAUAUUUGUCCAUUAAAUGGUGACAUUUUAAUUGUAUUGUGCAUAAGACUGAACACAGAAGAGGAGAAGAGACCUACACCCCUUUGUCAACCAGCCAAUAGCAGGGGUUUUGAGACAAAAUGUGUGAUUCUGUGGAACCCUGAGACUGAUACUUGUUACCUGGAGGCUUACUUACAACUGGAAGUAGUCACGGAUGAUCCGAGUCAAACGAGUUGGAAUCCAGCUCGUUUUGAAGCCAAUAUACUGCGCAAUGCGUCCAUGGGUUUCUUCAACGUCCCUAUGGGCCGUCAAGUGAGGUGUUUAUCACAUGAAGUCUGGUCUAAGCAAGUUGGUAAUCUAAAUCCAUCUUUGUUUGAAAUUAGAGAUGAAGAUAAUAUGAUCACUAUCCAUAGAAACCGAAUAAAUGUGGUAGAUGAAAACAAUGUAAUGAUGUACUUCCGUCACAGACUGCCAAUAUAA